CUUGGCCGGGCGGCGGCGUUCUCCCAUCCCGGACCGGUUCCCUGCCGCUGGAGGAAACGGGGAACGAGGGGACGGACACCGUCUGCCAGUGACAGCCAAAGCUGUUCGCAGAGGAGAGUUAAACUCGUGCAUCAGAGGAUGCAGCGGAAAGACGAAGGUCCCGCCUGGGUUUGUUUCUCCGCUAUUCUAAUACUGGGGUCAGUGAGACUCCGGGGAGGCAAGAAUGAGUUUGAAGGUACAGUGGAGGUUUAUUUGAAUGGAAUCUGGGGAACAGUCUGUGGGAGCCAUUGGGACAAUAAUGACGCGACAGUUGUAUGUCGACAGCUUGCACUUGGGGAAAAAGGCCCUGCCCUCACUCCGAUCCGGCUGGCUGGUGGCAGCAAUGCCCACGAAGGAAGAGUGGAAGUUUACCAUGGUGGCCAGUGGGGCACAGUCUGUGAUGACCAGUGGGAUGAUGCAGAUGCUGAAGUUGUCUGUCGGCAGCUUGGCCUUGGGGGUGUUGCCAAGGCGUGGAGCCAGGCUCACUUUGGAGAAGGCUCUGGCCCCGUGCUGCUGGAUGAAGUCCAGUGCACGGGAAAUGAACUCUCGAUAGAACAGUGCCCAAAAAGCUCCUGGCGAGAACACAACUGUGGCCACAAAGAAGAUGCUGGCGUUUCCUGCACACCUCUCACAGAUGGGGCGCUGCGGCUUGCAGGCGGGAAGGGCAGCCACGAGGGCCGCCUGGAGGUCUAUCACAGCGGCCAGUGGGGCACCGUCUGUGACGACGGCUGGACCGAGCUCAACACGCAGGUGGUUUGCUGGCAGCUGGGAUUUAAGUAUGGAAAAACUGCAGGUAUGGAAAAAGAGAACUACUCAGAGGGAAGCUCCGGGCCCAUCUGGCUGGAUGAUGUGAUCUGCUCUGGGAAGGAGACAAACCUCCUGCAGUGCUCCCGGCGGGAGUGGGGGAAGCACGACUGCAACCAUCAGGAGGACGUCAGACUCACCUGCCACCCAGAAAACGACAGCCACAAGCGCUCACUUGGUCCUCCCAUCAGGCUGAUGGAUGGUGAGAAUAAGAAGGAAGGACGUGUGGAGAUUUUUAUCAAUGGCCAGUGGGGCACAAUUUGUGAUGAUGGAUGGUCUGAUAAGGAUGCAGCUGUAGUCUGCCGACAGCUUGGCUACAAAGGCCCAGCUAGAGCAAGGACAAUGGCCUAUUUCGGUGAGGGCAAAGGCCCCAUCCAUGUGGAUAACGUCAAGUGUACAGGAAAUGAGAGAUCCUUGGCAGACUGCAUUAAGCAGGACAUUGGGAUGCACAACUGCCGGCACAGCGAGGAUGCAGGGGUCAUCUGUGAGCACCUGAGCAAGAAAGUCCCUGGGAACAGCAAUAAAGAUUCUCUCGCUUCUGUUUGUGGGCUGAGGUUACUCCAUCGUCGACAAAAGCGAAUAAUUGGUGGGAAAAAUUCUUUACGGGGCGGCUGGCCGUGGCAGGUGGCACUGCGCCUCAAAUCCUCUCAUGGGGACGGGAGACUCCUGUGUGGUGCCACUCUCAUCAGCAGCUGCUGGGUCCUCACUGCUGCACACUGCUUUAAAAGGUACGGCAACAACACUCGCAACUACGUGGUGCGGGUUGGAGACUACCACACGCUGGUGCUGGAGGAGUACGAGGAGGAGAUCGGGGUGCAGGAGAUUGUGGUGCACAAGGACUACAGGCCUGACAGCAGCGACUACGACAUUGCCUUGCUGAGGCUGCAGGGGCCCGAGGAGCAGUGUGCGAGGUUCAGCACCCACGUGCUACCCGCCUGCUUGCCCCUGAGGAGGGAGCGACCACAGAAAACCGCUCCCAACUGUUUCAUCACGGGAUGGGGUGACACAGGACGGGCUUAUUCAAGAACACUGCAACAGGCUGCCAUCCCCUUACUGCCCAAGAGGGUGUGUGAGGAGCGCUACAAAAGGAGAUUCACAGGAAGAAUGCUCUGUGCUGGAAACGUGCAGGAACAGAAACGAGUGGACAGCUGCCAAGGAGACAGCGGUGGACCACUGAUGUGUGAACGCCCAGGGGAAAGCUGGGUUGUGUACGGUGUGACCUCCUGGGGCUACGGCUGUGGGGUCAAAGAUUCCCCAGGUGUCUACACAAAAGUUUCAUCUUUCGUACCCUGGAUUAAAAGUGUGACCAAACUAUGAAUGCCCAUAAUGAAAACCAAAUUUUGAGGCAGGACAACUUGAACAGCACAUGCAGUGCACAGCUGGGGCCCACAGUGGGUGGAAACAGACAUUUGCCUGAUUCAUGUGUUUUGUUUUCAUUAAAUCCAAGCUGUAUACACUCAAGCCUUCCAGUUAGGGAUUACUGUCCUUCCUGUUGCAGAAGUUUAAAUAUUGCAUGAACAAGCUACUAUGUAUCUAAGGGGAAAAGUGAUAGCCAGCUAGAGUUAAUACUGGAGCAGGACAGCUGGAGGCUUUGCCCACAAGACUGUUGCUCCAAGCUAUUUAUGCUCCAGGCUUCUCUACAAUUAAUUGCAGAUCUCAAUUAAUCUUCAGUCUAGUUUAUUUAGUCUAUUGUUCCUAUGAUUUUACACUCAGUCCGCUAAAUCUGACUCAUGUUUCAGUAGAUUCUGAGACCAUUCAUAGCCUGAUUCUUGAUAAGUAAUUCUGAGUAUAUAUUAAACGCAGGAAGGAAAAUAAUGGUCAAUUAUCACAUUCCCAGUUAAUUGGCUAAAUGUCUUCACAGUUUAGUGUGCCUAAAGUACAUUCCCAGGUAAAACAGGCAG